AUGGGACCACCAUCUGUUUUAUCAGUUGUCAAAGAAAAUCAAAUUGUAAAUUGGAUAUUGUCAAAUGCUAAAGUUGGUUUUCCAGUGCACCCUGAACAAUUAAAAGAUUCAGUACAAAGUGUUUUAAAAGAAUCCCCAAAACAAAAUUCUUUUAUUAAUAAUCGACCCGGCAUUAAAUGGUUUAAUUUAUUUUUGAAAAGACAUCCAGAAAUUAAAAAAAGAAAUGCUGAGAUUAUUUCUAAAGCAAGAGCUAAAGUAACAGAGAGAUCUAUUCGAUAUUGGUUUAGUGAUGUUAAAUUAUACUUAGAGGAAGAAGGUAGCUUAGAUAUACUUAAUGAUCCGAGAAGGAUUUUAAACUGUGAUGAAACUGGCUUACAGUUAUGUCCGAAAUCUGGCAAAGUUUUAGGACCUAGGACAAUGAAUAAUUUUUAUGAAGUAGCUAGAAGUGCAGAAAAAGAAAAUAUUACAGUCCUUUGCACUUAUUCUGCAGAUGGCUUCCGCCAAAAAUCAAAAUUCAAAAGUAUUAUACUAUAUAUUAUAUAUUUAUAUACCUUUUAUACCUACGGAGUACAAAAUAGCCUGUAA